GCGCGUUGCCAUGGCAGCGGCGUGGGGGCGGCAGCCAAUGGGAGGGCGCGAUAUUGAGGCUGGCCGGAGUGAAGGCGGCGGCAUGGCCUCCGGCUGUAAGAAGUCGUCGCUGGGAGCUGCGUCCCAGAGGAAGAAGGCGAGUCCCAAGCUGGAGCUGCCGGAGGAGCAGCAGCGGGAGAUCCGCGAGGCCUUCGAGCUCUUCGACGCCGACGGCAGCGGCAGCAUCGAUGUCAAGGAGCUGAAGGUGGCCAUGAGGGCCCUGGGGUUUGAACCUAAGAAAGAAGAGAUCAAGAAAAUGAUCUCAGACAUGGAUAAGGAAGGGACAGGAAAAAUCGGCUUCCAUGACUUCCUGGCAGUGAUGACACAGAGAAUGGCUGAAAAAGAUUCCAAAGAGGAGAUUCUCAAAGCUUUCAAACUCUUUGAUGAUGAUGAAACUGGAAAAAUCUCUUACAAAAACCUCAAACGUGUGGCCAAAGAAUUGGGGGAGAACCUCACAGAUGAAGAGCUGCAGGAGAUGAUUGACGAGGCGGAUUGGGAUGGGGACGGGGAAGUGAGCGAGCAGGAAUUCCUGAGGAUCAUGAAGAAAACCAGCCUUUACUGAAGCCCAGGGGGAUUCAUUCCUUGGCACUUGUGUGUAUUCCUUGGGUGGGGGCCUCCCUUUUGUAGUGUCUUGGUUUCUUUGGAGGCAGCAGAAAAUGCA